AUGGAGCCGGCAACGUGCCACGCCGGCUGGGCUAACUGCACGCCGAAGUGUGAGCCUCAAGCUUCCGGAGCUUCCAGUACUCUCCCUUCCUCAACAUCUUGGAUCUUUGAAAGUCUCUUGAGCUUCUGCACCACCAGGCUCAAGCUGUCGUCGUCAACCUCCCGCCACGAGCUUCGGUCGCUCCCGGACAUGAGUCCAGAGCGGCAUGUAGACGACCAGGGCGUACCUCCUCGAGUCUAUCGCGACGACGGGCUGAUCAACAUCGAUCCUGAGGAAGCUGUAGUCAUUGACCCUGCCGAAGCUUCCGAUGAGGACGAGUACCUGCCGCAAGAGCCGCAUCAUGCCAGCAAACACCCACCGCCAUGGUUGCAGCAUGCUUGGAUAUCUGUGAAGACUUGGGUGAAGGGGCCGCAGCCUCGGCGACCUUGGAAGAUUCAUCCAUUCCUACCCAAGGUUCAGACCGCGCCAAUACGGCUUAUAGACACCUUCUUCCCCAAGAGGAAGCAUAAGGUGGGGCUGUUGAUUGUGUUCUACGCUGCUUGGAUCCUCGGUUUCGCAUUGGUUUUGCACAGAAGCGCCUUCUCAGCAGAUGUACCAGGCUACGGAGCUCCCGUGAGAAUCGGCUGCACUCAACGCUUCUGGAACAACGGUAAUGGAUGCGGCCUUAAUGGGGACUCCUGUCGCCCAUUCGAGAACGCAUCAAUGCCAUUCAGAUGCCCCGCGAACUGUAAGCGUGUCCAGCUGCUGAAUCCGCACGCUGUAGGCGACUACGUCGCAAACUACCGUCAACUCGUCAUUGGCGGUCCCACCGACGACGACGAGACAUUAGAGAACAUCUACUACCGCGCCGACUCCUUCAUCUGCGGCGCGGCGAUUCACGCGGGCUUCAUCAACGAUGCGUCAGGUGGUUGCGGCGUCGUCUCUAUGGUCGGCGAGAAGACAUCCUACCCAAGCGUGGACCGCAAACACAUCAGCUCCAUCGGCUUCGACUCGUACUUCCCGAAAUCCUUCUCUUUCCUCCCCGGCACGUCCUCUCCGUGCCGCGACCUGCGCUGGCCCCUCCUCGGCGUGAGCUUGACAUUCACGAUCCUGCUCUCCCUGUUCACAACCGCGCCUACCGUAUUCUUUCCCUCCAUCUUCCUAGGUAUAUUCUUCCAUGUCGCACUCGCCUCUGACCCGCCCUCGCUGACCGACUACUACGCCCUGAUAUCCAUCUGCCUUGGCCGUCUCCUACCAGCCAGCUUCUGCAUGUACGCCGUAUACCGCUUCGCCGUGUCCAGGACCCUUCACGACCUCGACGCGCAAUUCGAAAAGACGAUCCUCUGGCUGGGAGGAUGCUGGGUCGGCGCUUUGAACAACUACACGUUCGACAAGAUCCCGAUUGAGCGUCUCACACCGCAUGAUCUGCAAAACCAGCCCGGCGCCGUGCCCGCGCUCAUCAUCGUCGUGCUGUGUCUCUUCAGCAUCGCGCUGCUGCAAGCGUGGUGUCUGCGCAUCGAAGGCCGGCUUCCGAAGUAUCUAGGCAUCUAUGGGAUCUUCGUCGGCUCUCUCCUACUCCUCGUCGCAAUUCCUAAAAUGAAUGUGCGCAUCCAUCACUAUAUCCUCGGGCUGCUACUUGUCCCGGGAACGAGCAUGCAGACCCGGCCUUCCCUGCUGUUUCAAGGUAUUCUAGUCGGGCUGUUCAUCAACGGGGUUGCGCGCUGGGGCUUUGACUCUAUUUUGCAGACACCAGGAGAACUAAGGGGUGAUGGACCGAUUAGCAGUCUUCUGCCAAUCAUAACAGCUCCAAUCAUACACAACAACUUGCAUUCGCACUUCAAAGCGAACAUUACGUUCGAAUGGACGCUGCCAUUUCCGAAACACUACGAUGGUCUUAGCAUUCUGGUCAACGAUGUCGAAAGAUAUAGAGGCUACGCAGACAGUGGGCUGGAAAGCUGGACGUGGGUCAGGCAUAUGAAGGAUGUGCCUGAGUACUUCCGCUUCGCAUACCUCAACGGUGGCGGGCGUGGGGAUUAUACCAAAGCCGGCACUUGGAGCAUUGAAGGAGGCUGGAUCCAGAUGGCAUCCGGACCAUCUUAG